AUGAGACCCGACGGCCCCCGACCUGCGAUUGUAGGCAAUGAUGCUGGGCCUGAACCUCCAUUUCCGCUCAAACUAGAUGGCAAGGUCAUCAAAGGGUUUGGGCGUGGCAGCAAAGAGCUGGGUAUUCCCACUGCCAACAUCCCCCUGUCGGGACUGUCAGUCGGCGGCCACGAGGACCUCGAAUCUGGCGUCUACUAUGGCUGGGCAGGACUGUCGCCUUCUCAAGCAGUCCGCCAGCAUCUUUCUGGCAAGAAAUCCGAUUACAAGCUCAUGUCCCCCGACGUCUACAGCGCACUCGGCUCGAGCCAGUCCGACUUGAGUGCCAUCUCGGCAGACCAGGGAGCCGUGUUUCCCAUGGUGAUGUCGAUCGGAUGGAACCCAUUCUACAAGAACACGGUGCGGAGCGUCGAGGUGCACAUCAUGCGAGACUUUGAGACGGACUUUUACGAGAGCCACAUGAAUUUGCUCAUUCUAGGCUUCAUCCGGCCGGAGCUCGACUACGUGAGUAAGGAAAGCUUAAUCGAAGACAUCAAGACCGACAUAGACGUUGCUGGCCGAAGUCUGAGCAGGCCAGCCUAUGCGAAUCUAGCGAGAGAUCCAUAUCUGGUCGAGUUUGAGGGCAAAGGGGAACUCGCCAGCUAG